UCAAAGAAAUUUUUCGUAGACGAGUACCUCAUAUCUUUUCAAAAACUUCGUCGUCUGCAACUGACUUAUUAUAUCUGUCUACAUUCUCAUUUUCAACUAAUCGUUAAGACAAAGAUGGCUGAAAAGACCGACUUCCAAAAGAAGCUACUGCAAAUCGGCAUACAUGGCAUGAUAUCGGCUUGUAUUGCUCUCGGUGACCAACUGCAGCUGUUCCAUGCACUUGCCAAAGUAGGAAGUGAAGAGAAACCAGCAAGCGCUGCACAAGUUGCAGAGGAAAGCGGUUGCAAGGAAAGAUAUGUGAAAGAGUGGCUGGCAGUGAUGGGCACUGCGGAUAUCAUUGCUGUCACGGAAGAUGAAAAGUUCUACAUCAGAAAGGAGCACAUCGAGGAUCUCACGGGCACCGCUAUAAUGAUGAAUUUCUUCUUGCCAAUGUCUCUAAAGCCGUACGACAAACUUUGUGAGGCAGUGAAGAAGGAUGGACCCAACGGGCUCGAUUAUUCGGAUUAUACAGCUGAAAUCUACAAGCAGAUAGACAGGUGCAGUGGAGCAAUGCAUAAGAAGCAUGUAAUUCCAGACUUCGUGCCUGCUUUAGGGUCUGACAUUAAGAAGAAACUCGAAGAAGGCAUAGAAUGUCUCGAUGUUGGAUGUGGCAGUGGACUUCACUCUUCGCUUUUAGCAGAAGAAUUUCCCAAUUCACAAUUCGUUGGGAUCGACUACACAGCAGAUGCAAUCAAUUUGGCAAAGGAGAAGAAGAAGGCUAAUGGCGGAAAGUUCAAUAAUCUGACGUUUUUGCAAAUGAAUGGAGCAGAAUUGGAUCCAGAAUGGACAAAUAAAUUCGAUUUGGUUAUAAUCUUUGACGCUUGCCACGACCAAACUAGGCCUGAUCUGUGUUUGAAAGAGAUCUAUCGUGUUCUCAAACCAGGAGGUGUUUUUGGAAUGGUGGAGGUCAACGGAACUUCCAACAUUUACGAGGACAGAAAAGUGUUUGGUGACAUGGCAGCAUUAAAUUAUGCGAUCUCUCUGUUCAACUGCCUAGCAGUCGGAAGUAAUUCGAAAGAUGCCCUUUGUCUUGGUUCCAUGUGGGGUAAAGAACGAGCAAAGAAGUUGCUGAACGAUGCAGGCUUCCACAAUGUCGACGUCAUUCCAACACCGUACUUCGAGACCAAUGUUCUGUAUCUUUGCAAAAAAGAGUAAAAGGCCCUCAAUUCUCUUUAAGUAAGCACAUGAUUCUGAUGUCACGAAGUAUCAGUACGUAUUUGUAU